AUGAGUCCAGAAAUAUCAAUCUAUCUAUUUGCCUUCCCGAUCAAUCUCAGUUGGUUGAUUAGCUUACGACGUAUCAUUUCAUUUCUCUUUCUUUCUUUCUUUCUUUCUUUCUUUCUUUCUUUCUCAUUCUAUUCAUAUUUACCUGGGAACACAGGUGGACGCAUAUUCCAUUAUUUUUAUCUAACUCUCUAUCUCUCUAUUUAUCUAUCUAACUAUCUAUCUCAUUUUGUUUAUAUCUAUCUAUCUAUCUAUCUAUCUAUCUCCAUCUGUUUAUAUCUAUCUAUCUAUCUAUAUAUCUAUCUAUCAAUCUAUCUAUCUCAUUCUAUUCAUACCUAUCUUCAAUUUAUGCCACCCCUCUCAACCUUUUCUACGUACACUCACCUUUUUAUCCUCUCUCUAUGUAAUUAUCCCCUCCCUCUCUCAUACACUCACUCCUUUACUCUGUUUAAAUUGAUUACUUUUCCUCUUUCUUUUUAUCAACGGCAUCACUCAUUAUCUCAAUCUACUUAUUUCUCCUUUAUUAGUUCUUUUCUCGUUGGUACUGUUGGAUACUUUCUCAAUCUUUUUUUCGUUUCUUUUCUUCCCCCCCCACCUUUCUUUCCCCUCUUUCAUCUCUGCUUAUCUCUUGUCCAAACAUCUCUAACCCAUAAUUCAACUGACCAACGAUGA